UGCCGGACAAGGACCAUGUGUUACUGUUAACAUGUAUCUGUGAAAUCUGCGCCUAUCGCAGAAUGGGAGAUGCCAAUGUCGUAGCCCGGCUCGGCAGCAUGAAGGCUCUGUUGGGCAUUGUAGCAGGAGCCGGAGCCUCAUAUGGCAUUUAUAAACUAGUCUUUGGUCGCGCAGGAGAUGCAGGAGUAAACAGAAAAAAAUCUGCUAAAAGUGUGACUAUUCAGCCUGGGAGCCUGACGGCCAAAGUGUCUGGAUUUAAAGUUGUCAGUAAAAGUGAUAAUCUGGAUCCUUCUGCGGACACUGAAUCUAGUGAUAUUCUCUCAAAAUCUGCUGCCAGCCUGGAGCCUCGACAUCUGAGUAUGCUUCUCUCGCUUCUGCAGAGCAGCCCAAACCCAGAAGAGAGGAGGAAAGUUCUCGUAACGUUAGGAAACGCUGCUGCCUUCACAGUAAACCAGGAUCUUCUGCGUGAAUUCGGAGGUCUUCCCAUCAUAGCAGGCUUCCUCUCAGACCCUUCACCUGAGAUUCGGGUUCAGACUCUAAACGCUCUGAACAACUUAAGCAUGAAUAUCCGCAAUCAAGAGCAACUGAAGAUAUAUGUCCCGUCGGUGAUGCAGAUGAUUGAGAUGUCACCGGUGAACUCUGACCUUCAGCUGGCAGCGCUCCGAUUGCUCACUAAUCUGUCAGUCACGGAUAAUCACCAGCAUCUGAUGAAGAAUUCCAUCACCCUUCUCCUAUCUCUACUCAUAGUGAGCAAUGAAGUCCUACAGAUCCAAGUCCUGAAGGUCCUAGUAAAUAUUUCCUCCAAUCCAGAUCUGAUGGAUGAUAUUGUGCAAGCUCAGGCUCCAGCCUCUUUGAUUUUGUUGUUUGACGGCUGCACAAGCACAUCUGUUCUUCUCCGCCUGUUGUUUUUUGUGGGGAACCUGCAUGCGUGGAGACCCUCUGCUCAGGUGGCUGAAGCUCUGAGGAGGCGGCAGGACUCUCUGUACUGUGUUCUACUGGACAGCUCCUCUCAGCUGCACCGUAAGCUGCCCCUGCUGCUGUCCCAUCCAGAUGAGGAGGUGAAGACGCAGGUGGCCAGACUCCUCACAUAACCUCUUACAGAACAUUUUUUACCAAAUAUUCCCGUUUUUCAAUGUGUAGAAGCUUGUUUACCUACCUAAACGUUAGGGCUCUGCACUAACAACCUAGCUUUAAUUGCUUAGUGGAGCAGUUUGAUAUCUACUGGUAGCAGGUGGUCCACUUGGUAGGCCAUUGGUAUCUUCUCAAAAUGUUAGAAAAUGGACAAGAAAUGACUGCCUCUGGCAUUUUGAGCGAUAUUUCUUAAUAUAAUAGACAUUUGUGAACACCACAGACCUCGUUUGAGAACCUUCGAGAACAUCUCCACUGCCAAACGUUUUCUUGCCAAGUGAAUGCAAAUAUUUUUUUCUGACCACACUAAGUGCUUUGGAUAUCCAGACUAGUGGUGGAAAGGACCCUUGUAACAUCUCUGCAUGUGUUUAGAAAUCUUAAUGCCUUGCAAAAUAAGUGUUUCUUUAGUACUGCUAAACU